AUGUUAACAUGUUCCUGGAACUUCAUUUUAUGUGGGUGCUGGAAUUGGUAGGCAGUCAUUUUCCAGCGACAGGUGAUAAUAACCUUGCAUGAUUUACUGCAAUACUUGUUGACAGUUAAAAAGGAUUCUGAAUUUUGAUGUACUUUUAAGUUUUAUUAUGUAUGAAUCUGCAUAUGUCUGUCUUCUGUCUUAUAUAUGUAUAUCUAUAAGAAUGGGCCAUCCAUUUCUUCAAGGAAUUGAGAGGAUCCCCACUCUUUAAACUUAAUCGCAUAUUACCUCAAGUUUAAAAUAGGAAUCAGGUAAAUUAUACUGUUUUAUAAACUUAAAUAAAAUUCACAACUGUCAGAAAUCAGUAAGAUAAGAUGUAACUAGCAUUUGAGGUUUACCUCUCCCCUUCUUCACCAACCUCCUUUCCAUUGCUUAGAAGCCCAUCAUUCCUUUAUUGUAUAUAAAACCACCUUCAUUCUUUUUUGACAUACUAAAGAAAUAUGGCUACUCUAAGGUGUGUUUGCAUGUUUCUUGUCGUGGCACUAGCACAAGCACAAGCACCAGCAACAUCACCAACUAAUGCAUUGCCUGCACCACCUUUACUUCCUCCAAACCCGCCCACUACAGCACCCCCACUACCCUCCUCCACUCCACCAGUGUCAACCCCAACUGCCUCGCCACCUCCCACAGUUUCUCCAGUUAGUCCACCUGUACAAACACCAGUAACCCAGCCGCCACCACCAGUCCAGCCACCAGCUCAACCACCAGCCUCUGUAUCACCUCCACCGGCAAUAUCACCUACCCCAGCAACUGUAGCUCCUGCACUAGCACCUACAAAGCCGGCUCCUGCACCAGCGCCUACAAAGCCGGCUCCUGCACCAGCGCCUACAAAGCCGGCUCCUGCACCAGCACCUACAAAGGCGGCGCCUGCACCGGCGCCUGUGACUAUAUCACCAAGCUUGGCGCCAAUAAAUAGUCCAUCAACAGCACCAGCACCAGCACCCUCCGAGGGAAAAAAGAAGAGGAAGCACAAACAUAAGCACAAGAGGCACCAUCAUGCACCAGCUCCAGCUCCGAUGCCACCAAGUCCACCAGCGCCUCCGACGGCUGUCUCUGAUAGUUCAGAGGAUACAUCACCAGCUCCGUCUCCUGAUUUGAAUGAAGGUAUAUCAAUUUAUCAGCAAGGAUACUGGUGGAGCAAGUAUAUGACAGGACUUGUAGCAGCUGCUCUGCUUGUUGUUUUGUAAUCUCAACCUUAGUUUAUGGAAAGUAAUUUCUGUUUCUUAGAAGUAGUUCUACCGAAACUGUUUCUAGAGAAACAAUUGUGAGAAAUAGAAUCGUUUUGGCCACCAAAUUCAAAAGUAUUUUACAUUGUUUGGCCUAUAUUAUGAUUUUUGAGUUAUUCAUCAUUUUUUCUUAAAAAUAAAAUAAAUAAUAACAAUUUGUUGAGUAA